AUGCGGCCGAGCUGCACCGCCCAGCUCGCGGAGGUCUUCUCGCCGUUGGAGGCCCGCGGCGGCCGAGGCGGUGCGGACGAGCCGGCGGAGGCUGGCGCGGAGACAGGCGGCGGCUGGGACGGGCGGUGGCGGCAGCCCCUCGUCGUCGACGAGGGGCACUUCUCCCGCGAGGCGCUGUGGCGCCUGCACCUGGCCGCCGUGCGGGCCGUCCGCGCGGUGCCGCGGCGGCGCCGCCUCUGCCUCGAGCUGGUGCUGCUCGGGGUGGUGCUGGCGCACGUCUGCGCUCUGGUGGCGCUCCACGCCUCGCUGCUGGCCUCGCCGCUCUCUGGGGGCGGCGCGCUCGCGCACUCGGAGGCCCUGCUGAGCGCGCUGCGGGCGCGGCAUCCCGCUGGCGGGGACGGCGCCACGGACGCCCAUGACUCAGAGGAGAACAAGGUACCGAUACCGCUGUUCGCCCUGGAAACUCUCGUCGCAACAGCGGGGUUCUCCUCGAAAUUCUGGACGCUUCGCGUAUCCCCGGGCAGCCUGGAUGCGUGUACUGACGUCGCGAUGUUCUGA